AUGUGUGGAAUUUUCGCUUGCCACAGGCACGAAUCGGUCGAAGAUUAUAAACAAAAGGCGCUACAGCUCGCCAAAAGAAUCAGACAUCGUGGUCCUGAUUGGUCCGGUAACGUGAUCAAAAACAAAACUAUUCUAGUUCACGAAAGAUUGGCUAUUGUCGGCCUCGACUCCGGUGCCCAACCUAUCACUUCUCAAGAUGGCUCCUACACGCUUACCGUCAACGGUGAAAUCUACAACCACAUCCAGCUCAGAGAGGAAUUCUCUGAGUACCCAUUCUCUACGCUCUCGGAUUGCGAGCCUAUUAUCCCGCUGUACGAAAAAUACGACAUAGACGCUCCAAAGUAUCUGGACGGUAUGUUCGCAUGGUGUCUGUACGAUGCCAAGAAAGACCGUAUCGUUGCGGCCAGAGAUCCAAUCGGGAUUACGACAUUGUACAUGGGCAGAUCGUCCAAGUCUCCAAAAGCCGUGUAUUUCGCUUCUGAGCUGAAAUGUCUCACAGAGGACUGCGACAGCAUCAUCGCUUUCCCACCGGGUCACGUAUACGACUCUGAAACCGACGAGAUCACGCGCUACUACACUCCAAACUGGCUGGACGAAAGCCGCAUUCCAACCGAGCCCGUAGACUACAAGAAAAUCCGUCAUUCGCUGGAAAAGGCCGUCAGAAAGAGACUCAUGGCAGAAGUUCCUUACGGUGUUCUUCUUUCUGGCGGUCUAGACUCGUCACUGAUCGCCUCCAUUGCCGCUAGAGAAACUGAAAAAGUCAACAAGGAAAUGGACGUCGCUCAGUACGACUCCGAGGCCAGACAUCUGUCCGGUCUGGACGACUCGGGCCGUCUGCGCAGCGCCGGAUGGUCGAGCUUACACUCUUUUGCGAUUGGUCUCCCCAACGCGCCUGACCUUCAAGCUGCCCGUAAAGUUGCCAAGUUUGUUGGGUCCAUUCACCACGAGCAUACUUUCACCUUGCAAGAGGGCCUUGACGCUCUUGACGAUGUGAUUUACCACUUGGAGACCUACGAUGUCACCACGAUCAGAGCAUCUACACCUAUGUUUUUGCUUGCCAGAAAAAUCAAAGCCCAAGGUGUCAAAAUGGUGCUCUCCGGUGAGGGUUCCGACGAGAUUUUCGGUGGCUACCUUUACUUCGCACAGGCGCCUUCUGCUUCCGAGUUUCACGCGGAAUCUGUCAAGCGUGUCAAGAACCUGCACUUGGCUGACUGCCUGAGAGCCAACAAGUCGACGAUGGCGUGGGGUUUGGAGGCGCGUGUGCCCUUCUUGGACAGAGAGUUUUUGGACCUGUGCAUGAACCUCGAUCCAAAGGAAAAGAUGAUCAACCAAAAGGAAGGACGCAUCGAGAAGUACCUGUUGAGAAAGGCCUUCGACACCAGCGACGAGCCAAACGAAAAGCCUUACUUACCAGAGGAGAUUCUAUGGAGACAGAAGGAGCAGUUCUCGGACGGUGUAGGCUACUCGUGGAUCGAUGGUCUAAAGGACACCGCCGAGGCCUCCAUCUCGGACGAGCAAUUCAGCCAACCAAAGCCAGAGUGGGGCGACGACAUCCCUACCACCAAGGAAGCGUACUGGUACAGACUCAAGUUUGACGCUCUUUUCCCACAAAAGACAGCUGCUUCUACCGUGAUGAGAUGGAUUCCAAAGGCCGACUGGGGCUGCGCAGAGGAUCCUUCCGGCAGAUUCGCCAAGAUCCACGAGCAGCACAUCGACAACAAAUAA